UUCCGUGAGUGCUGUGCGAUUUCGCUGGACAGGCACCUGCGGAAGUCGCUGCGUCUGGAAUGAGCGGUUGAAGACAAGUCUGUAUGGAUGUACGCAGCUGGCGCUAAGAGCACAAGCGGAUGCUGCUGCUUCUGAGCAUCAUCGUGAAACUGAUGCACGAGUUACAGCUCCAUGCAGCCAUAUUCGACACACUUGCUUGGAAUGUCGGGACUUCCAAUGCAGAGAAGAGAAGGAUGUUCAGGAGCAGAGUGGAACAUGAUGGGCGGCGCGGGCGAGGUGACGGGCCCAGGCCCAGGCUCGCCGCAGGCAGGCGUUGGCAAGAGCGGCGGCGGCGGAGGCGAAGGGCAUGCGGGGCGGGUGGCCACGGAACAUCGCAGGCGAGGAGGCCGGCCCCGAGCGCGGGCAUGGGCUCGGCGGCAAGAGCGGGCGCCGCGCGCGCCCUGGAGGAGGCGCGCAGGGCCGCCAAGGAGACGGUCUUCCUCUGGGCGGCGUUUUGGCGGAGUUCCAGGCAGCGCGGGAAGCGCUGCCCGAGCUUAGUCGCCCGACAUGGGGCAAUCAGAAGGCCUGGCGGCGUGAGCUCGCGGAGCUGCCUCGGCAAUCUUGAUCUGCUGCUGCGCCGCGACCGGCCGGCGGGCGCGGGGCGGAGCGCCUCUGCUUCAGCCCGUUGGCGGGCGCGCGCAUCCAUCUCCUUCUGCUCCUCCCCUCCGCCCCCGCCCGCUCCACCAUCGCCGCCGCCGCCUGGCGGCCUCCGUGGUAACCGCCAUCUCCCAUGAUAAAUACGCGGCGUUGGCGGCUGUUGAUGUCGCGUGCCACCUCGUCGCCGACCCGAUUCUUCGCCCUUUCCAUCCAGGUGAUGGGCUCGCUGGGGUUCCUGGCG